AUGCUUCUAUUUUUGUUUCUUAUUCUAAUUUCUGAAACUCGUUCAGUUUUCGUCGCGAUUCCUGGAAUACCAACGAGUUUUAAUAAAUCAAAUAUACUAGAAGAAGAAUUCGAUCACUACCAAAACUGUACUGACAAAUGUAAUGCAAUUGAUAGUUGCUCGGUAGGGACCAAAAAUUUAAUUCAAAAAUUCUCACAAGAAAACAUUUUGCAGGCGAUUUACUACAACUCGGCAAAUCUCACAUGUAUCAGAUACGAUUAUUGGAACUUGUUUGAAAUUUCGAAAGUUGAGAACAUCUCAGUCACUGAUAUUUUUCUAUUCAAGGUUGAUACGCAACGCAGACCGCGUCGCGGGCAAUCAAACUUCAAUUAAUUCUUGCAGACAAACACCACAACUUGCUCAUUCACUCCUGACACAGUCUACUAUUCAGGCUACCUCAGCUACACAGAUAUGGGAACAUAUUGGGAGGUCGCAGGAAUUUGUCCACUUGGUUGGAUGAACGCACAACGAUCUGAACGUGUUUGGUGCGUGCGAUUGUUCUACAAUGAAAGUAGGACGAGAAAUGAGGCGAAUGAGUUCUGCGAAAACAAAAAUGCAGUACUCUCCGGAAUGGGUAGCCAGGAUGAAUUGAGUUCGAUUAUCGCGCAAGCAACAGAUUAUUUGUUCGGACCUGUGAAAUAUAUCACAAUUGAUGGGGAACUUAAUGGAAAUUGUGAAACUAGCAAUAUUGGAACUUGCACAUUCCCCACAAAUUAUUCAUUCUAUGAUCAAUAUAUGACAAACUAUAACUUUUAUAAUUGGACAAACAAAGAUGCAAAUGCUAAUUUGAAUCUUGGUGGAAGUUCUCUUAACAGAUGUAUUCGAUUGAAUGCAACAACCAAAUAUUCAUCGAUUUCGUAUUUUGAUCAUUUUCCGUGUUCCGAUGAGAAUAAGUUUUAUGCAUGUGGAAAAGUGGGAAGAUAUUUGUGA